AUGGCGACCAACGAACCGAACAGCAACCCAGCAGCGGUGGCCGAUGAUGUCCUCAAUCUGGAGAGCUUCGGCUACAAGCAGGAGCUCAAGAGAGAUUUCUCGCUCUUCGGCAUGGUCGGCUUCGCCUUUUCCGUCUUGACAUGCUGGACCGCCCUGGGAGGUUCUUUAGUGGCUGCCAUUGAAGCAGGAGGCCCGCCGGUCAUCAUCUACAGCUGGAUCGGGGUUUCUUUCUUCUCCCUCUUUGUGGCCUACUCGUUCGCCGAAAUCUGCAGCGCCUUCCCCGUGGCUGGAGGUCAGUACUCGUGGGUUGCCAUCUUGACGCCGCCAAAAUGGGCACGGCUUACCUCUUACCUGUGUGGCUGGUUCAUUGUCAUUGGCUUCUUGUCUGCAGGGGCUGCGAAUGGCUUCAUCGGCGCCAGCUUCGUGCUCGGGAUGGCCCAGCUUGCCCAUCCAGACUUUGUCAUUGAGAGGUGGCACACAUGCCUGGUUUGCUAUCUUGUCCUGAUCCUCGCCGCCGCAGUCAAUGUCUGGGGUCGCCAUCUAUUGAACAAGAUGGGCAAAGUCAUGAUCACCUUUAAUCUGCUCUCCUUUGUGGUCGUUAUCAUUGUCAUUUUGGCCAAAGACAAGCAUAAGGCGAGCGCUUCCUUCGUCUUCAGUGACUUCAACAACAACACCGGAUUUGGCAACUCGUACGCAAGCUUGUUGGGAAUCCUACAGGCAGCGUUUGGAAUGACAGGUUACGAUGCAACGGCACACAUGACGGAGGAGAUGCGCAAUGCCAGGCAUGAUGCUCCAAAGGCAAUCAUCUGGUCGGUCUGGAUUGGUGCAUUCACUGGGUUCGCCUUCCUAAUUGCGUCCUUCUUCUGCAUCCGCAACCUGGAUGCUAUCGAGACGACCUCGACAGGUGUGCCUCUGAUAGCCAUAUUCUACGAAGCUACUGGCAGCGUGGGCGGCGCAAUUGGCCUGACCACCCUCAUCACCAUCAUCGCUUUGGUCAGUUUGUGCUUUCUCAUGGCUCAGAGCUCGAGGGUUGUCUUCUCUUUUGCACGCGACCAUGGACUGCCCUUUUCUGGCAUCAUCAGCAAGGUUCAUCCUACGCUGCAUGUUCCUAUCUACAGCAUUUUGACCGUCCUUGUCGUCAACAUGGCUUUGAUGGCCAUCUACUUCGGGUCGGUGACGGGCUUCAAUACCGUGCUGGGCAUUUCCACGGAAGGCUUCUAUUUGUCUUAUAUCAUGCCACUCCUGGUCCGCAUUUGGGGCCGUCUGCAAGGCAGAGAGGGAAUCGACAGCGCCUACUCUCUGGGUCGGUUCGGCAUGUGGUUCAACAUCAUCGGCAUCGCCUACUUGGUGUUCGCGGCUAUCGUGUUCAACUUCCCCUCCGUCAGCCCCGUCAACGGCGACAACAUGAACUACACUUCGGCUGCCGUCGGCGUCUGCGGUCUGAUUGCUGCCAUUACGUGGGUGACGACGGGACGCACGAAUUUCACAGGUCCUCAGCGAGGUGGCAUUUUGGAAGGACGACUCCCAAGGCUCGACGACGAUGUCCACCACGUCAAGCCUACUCCGAAGUCCAAGGGGCUCGAGAAUUGA